GUGAAUUUGUUUGUGGUGCACGUUAAAUUUGCGUUCUCCCUUGAUUUCGUUUUACAUUCGUAGAGAUGGCCGGGGAGAUGUCAGCAAUUGGGUCCUUGAUUCUGGCCCUUCUCCUGGCCGGCUAUUUGGGACAGCAGUUUCUUCCCCCACCAAAGCCCAAAGUGGUAGGGCUAGACCUAGGGACCACGUUUUGCUCUGUCGGGGUUUUCCACCCAGGCACCGGUGAGGUGGAGGUGCUGGGGGACGCGGAGGGGCGCAAGAGCAUCCCCAGUGUCGUGUCAUUCACUGCCACAGGUAUUCACGUUGGACAUGACGUCCAGGACUUGAUCGACAGCAACCCCCCGAACACAAUAUAUGACGCUAAGAGAUUCAUUGGAAAGAUUUUUGACCCUGAUGUCUUGAUCGCAGAAAGUGCUAGGUACCCAUUUCAGGUGAUGAAUAACAACGGUAGCGCCGAGUUUCUCAUCACCACCAACCAGACGUUCACAGUUACCCCAGAGUUCAUCGGAUCCCGGCUGUUGUUAAAGAUGAGGCAAAUGGCGGAGGACAAGCUGGGUGUCCCCAUUCACAAAGCUGUCAUCUCAGUGCCAGCAGAGUUUGACGAGAUGCAAAGGAACUACACUGUAAGGGCAGCAAACAUGGCAGGGCUAGACAUUCUUCGAGUGAUCAACGAGCCCACGGCGGCUGCCAUGGCCUACGGCCUGCACAAAGUGGACGUGGCCAACGUACUGGUGGUGGAUCUGGGCGGAGGAACACUGGACGUGUCUUUGCUCAACAAACAAGGCGGCAUGUUCUUCACCAAGGCCAUGGCAGGUAAUAACAAACUUGGAGGACAGGACUUCAGCCAAAGACUUCUCCAGCAUGCCACAGAGAGAGUGAGGCAGCGGUAUGGUGUCACUCCAUCCCUGAAGGAGGACGUCCACCGCUUACGGCAGGCUGUGGAAGAGGCCAAGCUGAACCUCACCGUAACCUCCAGCACACUCCUCCAAGUCCCCCUGCGCCUGCAGACCCAGGGCCCCACCGGCCCCCAGGAGACGCCCGUUACCUUCCAGGAGCCGAUCAGCCGCGAGGUUUUCGAAGAGCUGAAUGCGGAUCUCUUCCAAAAGAUCCUCUCGCCCAUCAAAACGGUUCUGGAGGAGGGCCACCUGAGCAAGGAGGAGGUGGACGAGGUCGUGCUGGUCGGCGGGUCGACCAGAAUACCGCGCAUCCGCAGCCUCAUCGCAGAGUAUUUUGGGAAAGAGCCCAACACCUCUGUGGAUCCGGACCUGGCGGUGGUGACAGGUGUUGCCAUCCAGGCAGGUAUUAUGGGCGGCUCUUGGCCUUUACAAGUCAGCGCUCUGGAAAUACCAAACCACCACCUUCGCAAAAGGAACUUCAGUUGAUCUACAGUAUAAGCUGAUUUGCAGCUUAAUAAUAUACAAAGUCUCUGUGUCAAAAUCCUCACUUACCGGUACUGUAAGGCAGCUAAUGUCUGCUGUGCGUUUUGUUUAACAUCCAAGUUUGAUGUUUGAUAACACAUUAAUGCUACCUAAAAUCAUAUUAAGUGCUGCGGCUCAUCAGAGUUGGCAGCAGGGUUCUGAGACAUUUCUAGGACUUCGUACACAUUAAUGCCACUGAAUUAUGUUGUUGCAGAAUAUGCGACAUACAGAGUUUUAAUCUCAUUUAUUACUGGUAUGGGUUACCAGCACUCAGGUUGCCUGUUUGAAGUCUUGUACUGCUGUCGUUGUCAUGAAUGUUGGAAACCAUCCUUAAUGAGGCAUUUUGCCUAUAUUGUACUUCAUACUAUAACAAGUAUUAUUAUUUAAUAACGUGAGGCUUUCAUGGUAAUGCCAUUUUCAAACAAGUUACAACAUUGAUGAUCUCUUUUGGCAUUACGUAGUAGAAAGCUUUGCCAGGAAUUGGGACCGAAAAAAUAUUGAGGCUAUUUAUUUUUUUAUUUAUUUACAGAACAGUUUGCUGAUUCAGUUUGUAUGAAGCGUCAUGUGCAAGUCAUUUCUCUAGACUUUCAUUCUUUCCUCUGUCCUCGCUGUUGUCGUGGGUAAAGUCAGUUUUAUAAUGGACAUUCAUUUAACAUUCAAACAACAAACGUGCUAUAUCUGGAAAAGAAAGGCCUUGUGGUAUAUGAGGAAAUUUGUCUGUUUUAAAGAUGGUUUUACAAAUACUAGUUUUCAGAUAGAUAAUGUUUUUCGUUUAAUUGUUAGAUGAAUGUCCCAUCUAAAAUGAGGACAGAAGAAAGGAACCUGAGGUUGGAGGAAUGACUUGCACCCAUGUUUGUUGUGCCUUUCAAGAUGGUCAAUCUUGUGUGCUUUUUGUGUGCUCUGUGAGUGACAUUUUGGAAAAAAUUCUUUGACGAGAGAAUUUAAGACUGCAAAUCCAACUUGGAUUUUUAUCUUGGUUAACUGCCUAAGUGAAAGUAAAAUCAUGUCAGAUGAUAUGUUUGCCAUUGAGUUGAGUCGGAAACAACUAGUGUAGCUUCUUGAGCAUGUGAGUACCGUGAGUUGGGACAAGAUUAUCCAAGUUGCUUUCUAAAACCAAUCAUACCUGCAAAUUCCACUGAGCUCCAUUUGUGUUUUGUUUCGUCAGCCAGUAAGUCAGAUUCACGCUACAUUAAUGGGGCACCUAAGUCACGCCCUCUACUUCCUGGUUCAUGGGGCAGGGGGAGUCAAAAAAUAAUUACUGGGCUUGAAAAUUUGUGUUUUUUUGACACCAAUCCAAACCUUGCACCUCCACCUUUGCACCACAAAUCCAAAAAUCACUCAUUUUAAAGCCCAGUAUUCAUUUUUUGACUCCCUCUGCCCCAUGAACCAGGAAGUAGAGGGUGUGACUUAGGUGCCCCAUUGACAAAGGAGAAAAGGGAAAGAAGGGUUGUGUAUUGCCGCUUUACUGGACAAAGUUGCUGAAGUAACAGAAUGAUUCCACAUGGUACAUGGGCCAAAAUGUGUGAUCGUGAUGAGGAUAUAAGGACCCAAGAUGUAGAUGGACCAAGGAGAUUCCAGUGUUCUAUGAAACGUGCAUUGUCCCGUACGUUCGGGAGCGUGUCUAUGUUCCCACAGCCCAUUGGUCCCACAUCACUAAGACUUUUUAACAUUCAUUUUUAGGCCCAUUGGUCCCACAGCACAUUCCUGUUGCUCCAUUAUACACAUUUAUGCCCCAUGUUCCAUGGCAGGGAGAACGGCAUACUCUCUUAGUUUACUUGGAUAUGUGGGACAAUGGAGUUCUGGAACUUACUUGAAUAAUUUUUGAAAAAUGUGGGAACAUGGAGCAGCAGGAAUAAUCUGUGGGACCAUUGGGCUGUGGGGCCACAGGGCUGACCCUGGUCUGUACGUAGAGUAGGAGCCAUUUUAUUUUCUUCCCUGCCUUGGGACAUAAAAGGCACAUCCAACGUGUGGUGGACCAAUGGAGAUUUCCCAGAACUUGCAAGGGCCUCGCAUGUUGCAGUCAAGGAAACAUUGGUUGUACCAAAUUUGUGGCUUCUAUUGUAAAGGAGUGUAUUUGAGUUCUAUUUGCAAUGUACUAUUUUAAUUUCAUUGUACCUGAGCCAACAUCAUGUUAAGUUGCGCUUCCAAUUACUGUUCAUGGGUACUUAAAAGGACAGUGAUCGUUGUUUACCAGAACAAUAAACACUUUCUUUUGGUCAGUAAAUAAAACAGAUUUUUUUGUACACUGUUUGCAGAUCAAAAAAUUGGUUUGUUUGCUUUAAUGAAAUAACUUUGAUAUUUGUAAAUAUAUUUUUGAAAUUGCAUAUCCUUGAAAGCAGAAAAACUGAUGCACAUACACAAGAUAAUGCAGAACUUUGUAUGUCCCCUGAUUAGAUAAAUACUGUAGUUUCAGAUCAAUAUGGAGGAUGAACCCCCACCAUACCCCCGUCACAUAAUGUAUAUUCAAAACGAACUAUUCUAUGCUAUUAAAAAAAAAACUUUUAAAAUGAUGUUGUUGAUAGCCAUUCAUGAUACAGUAAUAGACACGGUUAUACGUGGGCAGUAUACUUUUUUAUAAAAACCUAAAAACGUUAUGCACUUGACCUCUAACCUCUAGACCAAUGGCAUCCUCCUCCCGGUCACCACCACCAAUUACCUGCUCUGAAGUCAUAAUCAUGAUGCCCUUUUCAGCUGAUAGAAGGUUUAUAAUUUC